GAUAAAGACAACUAUAAGUGCGUUCUUGUUAUAGACGACCGCCACACAGACUGGUUUGUUUACUUCAGAAAACUGAAAGUAUUUGGCAGGAUGGACAUCAGAGUUGAACAAGCAGAAUUCAGGGAACUGAACCUGACGUCAUUCGCUGGCGAAGGGAUGGUCGUUCACUACCGAACGAUUCAUUCAUCAUUCAUAUCCAGACUGUUCCAACCGGAUAUAAUCCUGGUGAGACAGCAUGCACGGAACGCCACGGAGAACUGGAGUCAACUGUUGAUAGGAUUGAUGCAUGGAGGCGUGCCAUCUGUCAAUCAAUUGCACUCUCUCUAUAAUUUCAUGGAUAAACCAUGGGUGUUCUCAAACCUGGUACGUCUGCGUAACAAACUUGGGCGCGAUAAGUUUCCGCUCAUCGAGCAAACAUUUUAUCCAAACCAUAAGGAGAUGAUGAGCAACUUGUGGGUGAUAGUUGCUAGGCAAAUAAACCAACCAACUAGCAAACACUCAUCCGUCAAAGUUGACGACCAUCACUUGUUUCAAGACAUUGCCAGCAUAAUGGGUGUGACGGAAUGUUACGCGACAGUUGAACCCCACAUACAGUCGCUAGGCGAUGUUCACAUUAUUAAAAUCGGGCACAAUUAUAAGGCUUACAUACGGAGGGCCAUGUCAGGAAAUUGGAAGGCAAAUGUUGGGUCAGCUAUCCUAGAACAAGUUCCUGUCAAUGAUAGAUACAAAUCAUGGGUGGAUGAAUGCAGUAAAAUAUUUGGCGGCCUUGACAUUAUCUGUGUCAAGGCCAUCCUGGCAGCCGAUGGCAGAGAGUUCAUCGUAGAGGUGACUGACUCAUCCCUGCCGCUGUUGGGCAACGAGCAAGAGGAGGACUGCCAGCUGAUGGCCGACCUCGUGAUCCGGAAGUUG